AUGGAAGCUAUUGAAGCAGGAGCUAUAAUUGUAAUUAUUGCCAUUUUUCUUAUUGUGGUAUUUUUCGUUUGCUGGUGGAAAAAGAAAAAGAGGAAAAAAGGUGAAGGUAAAACCAAAGCAGCUGAUUCAGAUGGACCUCCCUUUGUUAGAUUUUCAGCUGAAGAGAUUUCAAAUGCAUUAAACUAUACAUGUCCUUGGGCUUUCCUUGGAGAAGGAAGUACAGGUAAAGUGUACAAGGGAAAGCUACCUCGUGGUCAGUUUGUAGCCAUUAAACACAUUUCCAAAGAUAUUACACAAGACGACGCAUUCGAAAUGAAGAUUGAGACCCUUUCGAAAAUCGAGCAUAAAAAUCUGGUAUCUCUACUCGGCUACUGUGAAGAGAAUGGUGAGAAAUACAUUGUUUAUGAGUAUUGUGCCAAUGGAAAUCUAUCUCAGAUUCUUCUAGGCCUAGAGGAUAAAGUGUUAACAUGGGAGCAAAGAGUGAAAAUUGCAUACGACAGUGUCGUUGGCUUGCGUUUCCUUCAUCUUUGUCCAGAUGGAUGCAUAGUUCAUCGUAAUAUAAAGCCAACUAAUAUCCUCGUCACGGAAUCCAUGGAAGCAAAGCUUGCAGAUUUUGGGCUGCUCGCAGUGUUUAAGAUUGAGAAGACAAGGGGUUCUAUUGAUGUGAAGGAAACUAUGGGAUACGUGGAUCCUCAAUAUUAUAUGCAAGGAAGACUAACAUGCUCUAGCGAUAUCUACAGCUUUGGUAUGGUUUUACUCCAACUUCUUUCUGGCAGAGCGAUUGAUCUCUAUCAUUUUCAUCGAAAAUCUCUUGUUAAGGAAGCACAGAAGGUUAUCCAGACAAAGCCCAUCAAUCUAUCAAAAUAUGCAGAUUCAAGGUUAAAUGGGGAAUAUAGUAGGGAGGCAUUUGAAAUUCUAUUGAAGUUGGCUGUUUGUUGCACAACUCCCUCAUAUGGAGGACGUCCACGACUCUUAGAGGUAUAUGAAGAGAUAGAAAGGGCUAUGGAGAUUUCUAGUUCCAUAUCCUUUUAG